ACAGGACGGUGUUUCGGCGAAAAGACGCUCGUGGAAUUUUCUCCUAACUGUAAAUUAUAGCUUUUGAUAAGUUUGAUAAGUUGGGGUUAAGUUGAAAUAGUUUCUUGUUAUUGUUGAAUUCUGCUGGAGUUUUCAACUUCAGCGUCGUUGGGCUGGAUAGUUCCAGGAAAGGCUGACUCUGAAUCCUCUCCUAGGGUGUUAUGGCUUUCCAGAGUGGCUGGGGGAUGGUCAUGGAAAAGUUCUGGGAUUCAGGGAUUCCUUGUUUACAUCCUCUCGGAGUACGUCUCGGGGGCGGGCUUGGCUCCGCCCUCAUUCUUUAGGCCUGACGUCAUUGUCGCUUGUGUUUUUUAUGAAUGAAAGAAUCCAACCUCAGAGAGCAGCGGAGUAAUUCCGGGAAAAGGCGGACUGACAUUUUGUCGCCGGAGUUGCGUCGAGCCAUCAGCCAAGAGCCUCGAACCGUUGGUGUUGUGCUGACAAGAGGAAGUGUUCAGGGAAUUGGUUAGGACACCUGCUUUGAGCAACCAAAGGGCAGCCACAUGAUAACUUCCUCCUGAUAAUUCCAGCUAACAGAGAAAGAUUGUGUGUAUCUGGUUUUACUGGUGCUUGGGGAGGGGAAAAAACAAAGACAACUGGAUCAUGACGACAGAAAGAAACAGCAAAGCUCUGAAGGUGAAGCAGGAAUGCGGCGAGAACGUGCCCUUCCUGUCGGACAGCGAGCUAAUGUCCCUGUCGGUGCGAGAGCUGAAUCUCCACCUGCGUGGUCUCUCCCGCGAAGAGAUUCAGAAGCUGAAGCAGCGGCGUCGCACCUUAAAGAACCGGGGAUAUGCCGCCAGCUGCCGGGUCAAACGGGUGUCUCAGCGAGAGGCCCUGGAGCAGCAGAAGAUGGAGCUGCAGAGAGAGGUGGAGAGGCUCGGAGCCGAGAACGCCGGCAUGAGGAAGGAGCUGGAGGGGCUCAGCGCACGCCUGGCUGCGCUUCAGAGAUUCGCCAGGGGUCUGGAAGCGGGAGGAGGCAGCCUACUGGCUACGGCCCCUCGCCUCAACACCGCCUCAGUCAUCACCAUCGUGAAGAGUCCGCAGCAGCCUCAGCCACAAAGGGAGCAGGAGCCAUCCUAGAAGGAGAUGCUGAAACCAGACUGGGGUUUGGGGUUUGGGAUUCGGGGUGGGGACGGGGAAGCCUGCAAUGCAAACACACGCACACAUCUGCAGGCCUUAAUACUCACGCAAGCAGGAGAGCAGGAUGACUUGUAAUAAUAGGAAAAUACUAAGCGCCUUGUUCACAUUACAAUUGACAGAAAUCCGAUCACAGCUACGAUCACCUUUCUAACAAACAAGGAAACAGAAACAGGUUCAAUACUGUAGUUUUGAUAGAGAUGUCCUCUGUUGACGAUCCUCCAUGAAACAGCAGUCUGGUCAAGUAAGAUUUACUCAGUGAUUUUUUUUUUUUUUUUUUUUUUUUUUUUUAAUUGUUUAUUUUCCUGAAGCACUCAAAGUUUCAAAUUCUGUUUAAUGUGAACAAGGCGUCGCACAUAUUUAUGCACAAAAAACCCUCACAGUCUUUCCCUUGAGCUACACGGGGACUCUGACUGAAGCCCAACCAAGCCAAACAGGGUUACUGAGCACCAUUACUCCUCAGCAAACCCCCACAGCGAGGCUGGUGUAGCCUGAUUAUGCUACCUAAAGGCUGGGGCGGCUUUCUGCUUCCGUUUAUGGCACCUGACCAACAGCAAAAUGCCAGGGUGGAGCUUCCUCGGUCUCCAUAAUGCCUUUUAGUCUGAAAUCACUAGCUUAGCUCAGCCUCGUGUUCCCACCCCCCUAUAUUUUUUUUUCUUUUUUCGUUUUAUUCCCUGUCAAUGCAGUUUCUCACCCUUUAUGUCACUUUAUGUGCCGGUGGGAUAAUCUAAUCUGUGUUCACCUCGUUCCAUUGAUGGCUCUCUAGCUGCUUUAGUCAUGAGACUUUUGGGAGCAGAAACGGUCAGAGAAAGGCUGAGAAGUGCUGCCUGAGUGUAUUGUGAAUUUCUCUAAGUUGUUGAUUCACUAAGAUUUUCCAGUUUUUUGGGUGGGGGGGAUCUCACCAGUCCAAAAAGACAAUUCUGUACUAUCUGUGUGCUCAUUUUUCCCAUUAAUGCAGUGCCUUCAGUGUAUGAAGGAGCUCACCAGUCCUCCUGAUUGUCUGAAACGACACAUUUCUUAUUUCUCAUUGUGAUUUCUGUGGAUUUCCAUCUUUUUCUGAGCUUUAAUCCCAAAUUUCUCGUUUCAUGAAAACUCCCGUGCAGCAGUUUGGCCAAGUCUAGUGUCGGUGGCUUCCUCCUUCUGACGACAGAUGUUGGUCAUUUUGCUAAAAUAAAUAAUUGAAUAAACGAAUGUGUGGAAGCGGAAUCACGUCUGGUAGGAAUUACGCUCAAGCCGAUGCAAAUCCUCUGCAAACAUUCCCGUUGUUGUGUUGUUUGUAAUGUCUGAGAGACGCAAAUGUUGAGUGACAUUUAUCAGAUAUAUAUAUAUAUAUAUAUAUAUAUUCUAAAUUUUAUUUGUAUUUAAAAGUAGAUAUUAUGACAAGACAAGCUAACGAGUGCUGUGAUGUUCUGUAUGUUUUCAAAAAGUACUUAUGACUAGUCUGAGGAUAUUCUCACGUCUAAUUAUUGUGCUGCGUGGCGACGAUGAUUACUUUACAAAACGUUUGAUUAUUAGCUGUGUAGAAAUAUGCUCAAAGCCAAUGGCCAUAUUGAUGUAUGACGAUUUGUGUGCGUGUGUGCGCGUGCGUGCGUGUAUAUGUGUGUGUUUUACGUAUAUUUUUGCAAUGUUUGUACUAGCUCGUCGUCGUGGAUAUCUUGGAGGGACAUUAUUUUUCUAAGAUGAAUCGUAUGUUGUUUGUGCGGAGAAAAAAAAAAUUGAGGUCAUUUCUGAAUGGGCGGGGCAGGCAAGAUACACAGGAGGUUAGAGAGAGAGGGAGAAGACUGAUGGAGACGAGGGUGAGAGUGGAGGGUUGAGAAGGAGCCGGAUGAUGGAGAAGGAAAGUAGGCACAGCAGACUGGAAAAGAAGGUGCAUAGAGGUGGUGUUUUAUUCACUUGAAAAGCCUCCGUCUGACGUAGGCCUGUUUCACUCAGCAGGCUUAAAUUUCAUGGGAGUUUAGGCCACUGAAUAGUGCUAGCAAUAUAAUAUAUUAAGUAGGCAUGGUAACACAUGAAACUGUGUUGACAAAUAACUCCUAAAGAUAUGAGGCAUAUAUUUAGCUAUAUAUGAGUAUUAGUGUGGCAAAGCAUUUAUUCUCUAUAUUUUAACGUCUCACAUCUGUCAAACCCUGCUGGAUGUUUUAUAAUACCUGCAAAACAGAAAUGGUCUUUGUAUUUAUUACUUGUAUUUUUUCUAUUGUGAAAAUUUAAGUACAUUGUCUAUUUUAUAUAUUAAUUAUAAUAAAUGUUGUACAUAUUGUACAUAAAACUGUG